AUGGAAUCACCAGUGGCAUACACAUAUUCGCCGUUGGAGUUUUCAGACUCAAUCAGACUUUUGCUGCUAGAGCCUUCAAACGACAAUAACGAACUUCUUCGUGGGAGUCUGGUCACACGAACCUUGUCAUCGAUUCAAGAUGAUCUUCACACUUACUAUACAGCCCUGUCCUAUGUGUGGGGUCAUCAGACUCGGACCGAGGCUCUAGAAUUGGUGGACGAAAGCAAGCUGUGCAGGUUCCAGCUCAAUUUGAACACCAAUCUACACAGUGCACUGACCAAUGUUCGCGAUAAAAGUCGAGCAAUAUUCAUUUGGGCAGAUGCCAUAUGCAUUGAUCAGAAUAACUUGGAUGAGCGCGGUCACCAGGUUGGAAUAAUGGGGAAUAUCUAUCGCGAGGCAGCGUGCACAGUCAUUUACCUUGGACCUCCUAGUCCAGAUAUCAACUACGCUUUCAACGCCAUUCAUAGAAAACUUGGAACCUCGCCGAAACGUCGUGCACUGUCACAAAAAAACACGGCCCAGGAAGCGGAUCUGAACCUGGACGUUGACGUUUUGAACGACGCCUUUGAGACACUUUGUUCUCGUGAUUGGUUCGUAAGGGGCUGGGUUUUCCAAGAGCUGGUACUCUCGAAUAAUGCACGCAUUCAAUGUGGCCAACACCGCGUCGGGUGGAAUGAUCUACAUACUAUGAUUCAACAUCUCCAAUGCAGUCGGACCUCAGUCUCCCGCUUCCUUGACAUGGACAAGGCAUGCAACGACCACGAAGGCCGAACUUUCUCACAACUUGUCAUCUCACGCAAGGGUGCUCAGCUAAGCGACCCUCGUGACUUUUUUUUCUGUCUGAUGGGUAUCGCGUCUGAUGCAAAGGCAGUCCAGGAACGUCUCCCUAUUGACUACAGCCUAGAUACAAGAGACGUAUUCGUUCGGGCAGCUAAAUACCUGGUUGGAACCAUGGAUCUUUCUUCUGUCGUCAAACAUGUCAAUUCAGACACUGGCGAUUGCGGUCUACCGUCGUUUGUGCCAACUUGGGGGAUAUCGGAACUGCGCACAAUGUCAGCUCAGAAGGACCCACUCCCUGCUGGGCCCUUAUGGGGUGAACGAAACGUCACGAGAGAUUGCCAGAUUGUGCCUGUUCGCCAGCAGCAUGUCAACCAUAUAGUGGCGCUGGGAGACGUCAUACCCCGGUGCAAUGAAUUUGUGGACGCUCUUCGUGAGAGUCUAGAGCGAUUGGUCAAUCAUACUCAACCUAGUGCAGGGAGCCCCUUACAAGACCUUUGGGACUACUGGGCCGAAAGCAAAGAGGAUUUGAUGCUAGAGGAUUUGUGGGCUGGGUUCUGCGGCGCCCUUCUUGGGCGUGAUGCCGUGGAUAUUGCUCCCGACUAUAACGAGAACUACCGGCUAGUCAAGAUCAGGCCUGGCACUGAGAAAUUCGGGCUCAUGGACAUUGGACAUAUGAUCAGGCUGGUUGAGCAAAACUUAUCAUUCUCUCGCAAUCAGGACCAUUCAAUACCACGAAGUCGCUUGGCGUUGUCGACCUGGAAGUUUUGCGCAAUGGAAAUGAUAACCUAUAUCCCACUCGCCCUUGGUUUGUUGUCCGCCCUGCAGAACAAAAAUUGGUGGCAGGAGAGAAAUCCAAGUUGCUUGAUCAUGUUCAUCAAAGGGUAA